AUGCCUACUAAUCUGUGUGAUGGAAUUAAAUUGAUCGAUCAUGGUAUUGCCUUCGAUCAAAAAUCUCAAAAUUAUACGUUAGAAGGAAGUGUAACCAAUCAGCAUUGUCCUAACCAAAACUGUGAUAAUGAUGACAAAAAAAUUAGUUCUGCUUUUAUAGCAUUACUAAAAUUUUAUAAGGAAUAUGUUGAUAUGAAAAAUUUAGAGAGUGAUAAAAUUGCUGAAUCCGCUAUUUUAUGGUUAGGUCACAAACUGAAUCAAAAAAAAGAAAAUGGAACCACUACAUUAAACGAUUUUUAUACUGAACAUAUAAAAACAAAUAGUGAAUAUGAGGAAAAUAUAUCUAAUCAUAAUAAGAUUAAAAAGGAUGAUAUAGAAAACAAAAUAAAAUCGAUGAAUAUCGAUAUUAAAGAUAUAUUUAAUUUUUAUGAAGUAUUUAAAUUAUUAUGUAGGAUGGAUGGUGAACUUGAUAAAAAAGAAACCCAAUGCAAUACAUGUUUAAAAAAUGCUGGAGAAUUUUAUGAAAAAUAUGAAAAACUUAAAAAUACUUUAGAUAUUAAUAAAGGAAGUUCUUAUUUUCAACUAUGGUUAAGUUUAUCAAAAGAUUAUGACAAAUUUAAAGAGAAAUAUAGUGGUAAAUGUAAUGAUAUCAAUUUCCCUGAAGCUUGUCCACGAAGUUCAGUGACAAAUAGUCCAGUUACAGAAUGUUCAGUGACAAAAAUUCAAGUGACAAAUAGUCCAGUGACAGAAUGUUCAGUGACAGAAUGUUCACUGACAAAAAGUACACUAAUUCCAAUUGCAAUUAUAUUUGUUGUAGCAUCGAUUUUAUUGGGAGUUUCUUAUAAGUAUUCGUUAUUUGAAUUUCGGAAAAAAACCCAAAAACAACAUUUAAGAGAAAAGCUAAAAAAAUAA